CCCCUCCCUGCAUCUUGACCUUGAUCUUGAUCGGGUCGUCGUCUUCUUCCUCUCCGGCCUCCCAAUCCAAUCCUCGCAGUCGCAGGUUUCGCCGUUUGCCCGGGCGCCGCUCGCGGCGUGUUCGACGGAAUGCCUCGUGGGAGGAGGAAGAGGGAGGCGGUGGAGGGCGGCGGCGGCGGCGGCGGCGUGGACUAUAUCGGCGCCCUUCCGGACGUCCUCCUGGAGCACGUGCUGUCGUUCCUGGAGACGAAGGAGGUCGUGCGUACGUGCGUGCUCGCCCGGCGUUGGCGCCACCUCUGGGCGUCCAUGCCCGUCCUGCGCGUCACGGCCAGGGACAGCGGCCAUGCGCUCCACAAGUUCAUGGACCAUCUGCUGAUCCUCCGCAACCGAUCGCCCCUGGAAGCCUGCGUGUUCGACUUCAGCGUCUUCUCCAACUCCAAGGACGACAUGUCCUUCGUGAACCUCUGGAUCCGGUACGUCUUGUCGUGCAGAGUUCGCGUGCUCACUCUCCACAUCGGUGGGCUUCGGUUGAUUAAUCUGCCUGUGGUCUCGGGAAUCUUGACUACGUUGGACCUUGGCAGUCUGAGUGUAUACGGCAUGUUUCUUGAUUUCUCGAGCUGUCCGGUGCUGGAAGUGCUGAAUAUGACCAAAUGCACCAUAUUUGCUGACAAAAUCUCUUCCAUGUCCCUCAAGCGUCUGAGCAUCUGUGAAUGCAAGUUCAAGUCUGACAUGAGGGCAACUAUCUCUGUACCAAGUCUUCUCUUCUUGCAACUAACAGCUGUCAAGGGUAGAAUUCCUUUCCUUGAGGAUAUGCCAGUGUUGGUAACAGCGGAAGUUAUACUGUCUGACUCCUCUUGUAAGGAUCGUUGCCGCAGCAAUGACCCUGGGUAUUGCCCUAUUGGCUGUGCGCAUUGUUAUGGCAUUGACGAUGGCAGUGCAGGCUGUGUGCUUCUAAAAGGUUUGGCUGAUGCUAUGCAUUUGGAGUUGGUAGCUGAUCCUGAAAUGUUUAUACUCAGAAGGGAUUUGAGAUGGUGCCCUACAUUUAAUAAUCUGAAGACUUUAUUACUCAGUGGGUGGUUUGAGUCUCCUGUACAAUCUGCACUAAUUUGUAUUCUUCAACACUCCCCAUUUCUGGAGAAGCUUACUCUUCAGCUUUUUAAGAAACCUGAAAUCAAUUUGCAAUCAAAAGCAAUAUACAAUUUGAUAGAACAGCCAUUUGCAUCAGAAAACCUUAAGACAGUUGAAGUUAAAUGUGAAGAUAUCGACCAGAGACUUCACAAACUUAUGAAGUCCUUGAACAGCUAUGGCAUACCUCCUGAGAAAUUUACUAUCCAACAAACAAUUUCAUCGUAUGAGUGCUUUAAUUUCGUUUGGACCGGAUUCAUCCCAAGGCAGAGUUAAAGAAGAUCCAAGCUAUCAACGUAUCAUUCUCCUUAAUUCGCUAUGGAUGUAGAACAAGUUUGCAGUCACCAGGUGCUGUUGCCUGAAACCUGUGCAAAUCUUAAAACCGACUUCAAACUCGUUGGUGAGGUUUGGUAAAAUGACUGUGUAACUUCAAAUUCGUUGGUGAUGUUUGGUGACCUAUAUAAAUCUGCAUGAACUGUUCCUUUUUUUACAUAAUAGAAUUAAUUCAUU